AUGGCCAAAGCUUCCGACGCUUCCAACCUCCAGAUGGUGCUCAGCGACGGCAAGGGCGAUGCCGCGGCCAGCGCGGUGGCCGGAAGCGCCAUCGCCGCGUCGUACAAUGAUCAGAUUCGCCCGCUCCUCGAUGCCGUCGACCGGCUGCGUCAUCUCAAGGUCACGCAGGAGGGCAUCCAGCUGCCGACCAUCGUCGUCGUCGGCGACCAGUCGAGCGGCAAGUCGAGCGUCCUGGAGUCUCUGGCCGGCAUCAGCCUCCCGCGUGGCCAGGGCAUCUGCACUCGCGUGCCGCUCGUCAUGCGGCUCCAGGACGACCCCUCCGCCGACACGCCCGUGCUGCAGCUGGAGUACAGCAACGGUCGCGUGGUGCCCACCACGGAGGCCAAUGUUGCGGACGCCAUCAACGCCGCCACCGCGGAGAUUGCCGGGUCCGGCAAGGGCAUCUCCGACGCACCAAUCACCCUCGUCGUGCGCAAGCGGGGCGUGCCCGACCUCACCCUGGUCGACCUCCCCGGCAUCACCCGUGUGCCGGUCCAAGGACAGCCGGACGACAUUUACGACCAGAUCGCAAGGAUCAUCCGCGAGUACAUCGCGCCCAAGGAGAGCAUCAUCCUGAACGUGCUCUCCGCCACCGUCGACUUCCCGACGUGCGAGUCCAUCCGCAUGUCACAGCAGGUGGACCGCACCGGCGAGCGCACGCUUGCAGUGGUCACCAAGGUCGACAAGGGCUCCGAGGGCCUGCUCGAGAAGGUCACCAUGGACGACGUGAACAUUGGCCUCGGGUACGUCUGUGUCCGCAACCGCAUCGGUGAGGAGACGUACGACCAGGCGCGCGCGGAGGAGGAGAGGCUUUUUAAGUACCACCCGCUCCUGUCCAAGAUCGACAAGGACAUGGUGGGCAUUCCGGUCCUCGCGCAGAGGCUCGUGCAGAUUCAGGCGACCAUCAUCGCCAAGUGUCUGCCGGACAUCGUCAGGCAGAUAAACGACCGACUUAGUCGUAGCAGCACUGAGCUUGACCAGAUGCCGCCGGAUCUGAAUAACGUCGCCGACGCUGUGAGAGCGUUUUUCCACAUCGUCAAGAGGGUGUGCGCUUCACUCGAGAAGAUUCUUGUGAGGAGUGAGUUUGACGAGUACCACGACGACAGCCAUUUCCAUGGCACGGCCCGUAUUUCUGAGAUGCUCAACGGCUAUGCCAAGAAGCUGCCAGCUCAAAUCCCAAGGGUCGGCGGCGAGCUGUUUCUGAUGGAGGAGAUGCGUGUACUGGAGGAGACAAAGGGCAUAAAUCUUCCCAACUUCUUGCCAAGAUCGGCAUUCCUCGUCUUGCUCAAAAAAAAUGUGGAAACCAUCAUGCAGGAGCCGCACGACCUUGUCAACGAGGUCUGGAACUACGUUGAGGAUAUCGUGGUGAAGGUACUGCUGCAGCAUUCAGAGAACUUUCCCCAGGUGCAGUCAGCCUGUCGCCGUUCAGUUCAAAGCCUGAUGGACAAGGCACGGGCGCGAUCCGCCCACCACGUCAAGGAGCUGAUCGAAAUGGAGCUGGUCUCUGACUACACGGCCAAUCCAGACUAUAUGAAGACAUGGGCGGAGAUCAUGCAUGGCCAUGACAGGUUCAUGAAAGCUGUCGAGGAUAAGUCCAAGCCUACCAAGAUCACCCUGGAUGUUUUUGGAGAAGUGGACGUGUCCCAUAUGAGGUCGAAUGUUGACUUGGCAAGGCAGGCGUUCGACCUGAGGGCGCGCCUGACCGCCUACUGGAAGAGCAUUGUGCUCCGGCUCAUCGACAGCUUGGCUCUGCACGUCCUUCUUGGUGUCAAGAGGCUUGUAGAAUCCGACUUAGAGACAGAGCUCGCUGACGAGCUCCUGGGGAACAAGAUGGCUGGGAUGGAGCGGAUGCUCACGCCGUCGCCGAGCACUGGCACCAAGCGUGAGCGCCUGAAGAAGAGCAUUAUGCUGCUUCGCCAAUCCAAGGAUGUUGUGGCGAACAUCAUGGACCGUAUCAGCGCGUCAGGUGAAGUCUAG